AAGAAGGAGAAGUGUAUGGAGAAGAAGAUGAAUAGUGUGAGUGUAUAUUGAGCCUCCCUCUUUCCAACCUCCCUCUCCUCUUCCAAGAAGAGGAGUAUAAAUAGAGGAGCUAGGGUUAGGGUUUCGGAUUAAUGGGCCGUCCCAACAGACUGGGCCGCCCUUAAAUAAAUAAUUAACAUACAACUAAUAGGUCGGUCCAACAGACUGGACCGCCUCAACUAAUAUUAUACAAAGAUCGGAUACCCCCUGUUCGGGGUAUCCAUCAUGAGUACCCCACUUUCCGAGCCGUGAGAAACUCGAGGUGAAGUGAAAGUAGAGCAAAAAUCCACCACGGAAGGACACCGUCUUCCUUGCUGUCUAGAGUGCACCGCCAACUCGCUGUCCCGAGCACGGUGAAGUAAGGCAAACAACGCCAUAGGUCAGAAAUGUAAUGCCAACUCGCUGUCCAGAGUAAGGCGAGGUGAAAGAAUCUGCACCCAUGGAUACGAGGUGCUCUGCCGACUCGCUGUCCGGAGCGACAAUGGGAAAGAAGUAGAAGCAAUCAGCAUGAAUUGCACUGCCAACUCGCUGUCCGGAGUGGCAAAGUGAAAUAAGUUGUAGCAAUGAGCAUGAAAGGAGAUGCCACUCGCUGUCUAGAAUGGCAAGGUAAAAGAAAUUGCUCCAAUCAGCAUGGAGCGCACUGCCGACUCGCUGUCCGGAGCGGCAAAGUGAAAGGGUCUGCACCAAUGAGUACGAGGUGCACCGCCGACUCGCUGUCCGGAGCGGCAAAGGGAAUAAAUCGUAGCACUAAGCACGAAGUGCGCUGCCGACUCGCUGUCCAGAGUGGCAGAGUGAAAGAAAUUGAGGCAAUGAGCAUGAAGUGUGCUGCCGACUCGCGAUCCGGAGCGGCAAGGUAAAAAGUCUGCCUCAAUGUGCUCAUCGUCUCUAAAUGAUCUGCUCUCGCACAGAAUGCAUCGUCAGUUCGUUGUUCAGCGCUCAACGAUCACAAUAAGAGUGGGUGAUGGAGUCAUCAUCCGCAGUCCAUCUGUCGUCUUUGGGGAUCUCCCCAUGAUCCCGUCAAUGUGUGACUCACUCCAUGGGGGAUGCCUC